AUGUUCCGCAAGGCGCGGAGGGUGAACGUGCGGAAGCGGAACGACUCGGAGGAGGAGGACGAGGAGCGCGAUGAAGAGCCACCUCAGGAGCCGGCGCCGGCGGCCGAGGCCGUGGGGGAAGGGCCCGGCGAGGCCUCCAUGGCGCUGCCGGGGGGCCCCGGGCUCCUGCCGCUGCCUGCCGGCUGCGUGCCCCUCGCCCUGCCGGGCAGUCCGGCAGCCUUCGCCUGCACGGCGAGCUACGGUGCGGCUCUCGGUUUGGGGCUGGGUUUAGUAGGAGGCGACAGGGCAAGCCUGGGGGCUCUGCCGGCGCCUGUGCUCCUGCCGCCACCACCGCCACCGCCGCCGCAGCAAGGCAACGGGCUCCCGGGAGCCGGGCGCUCCAAGGAGAAGAAGCGGUCACGGGAGAACAAAGAAGUGCCGCGGGCCAGUCUGCUGAGCUUCCAGGACGAAGAGGAGGAAACUGAAGAAGUUUUUAAAGUGAAGAAAUCAAGUUACAGCAAAAAGAUUGUAAAACAAUUGAAGAAAGAAUAUAAAGAAGAUCUUGAAAAAUCGAAAGUUAGGACAGAGGUCAAUUCUCCAACAGAUGUUGAACCACCGCUAGAAAAGACAGGACAGAUUAAGGAUGUAGGUCAAGAAGAUGGAACUGCAAACAGUGAGCACGGUGAAGAAGAAAUGGAAGUUGAAAGUGAGAAGGAAGAGGAAAAACCAAAAGCUGGUGGGGCUUUUUCAAGUGCACUGUCAUCACUGAAUGUUCUCCGCCCAGGAGAAAUUCCAGAUGCUGCUUUUAUUCAUGCCGCUAGGAAAAAGCGUCAAAUGGCUCGUGAGCUUGGAGACUUUACCCCUGUUGACAGUGAACCAGGUAAAGGCCGCCUGGUUCGAGAAGAUGAAAAUGAUGCCAGUGAUGAUGAAGAUGAUGACGAGAAGAGGAGGAUAGUUUUUACAGUGAAGGAAAAAUCCCAAAGGCAAAAGAUUGCUGAGGAAAUAGGUAUUGAGGGAAGUGACGAUGAAGCACUGGUGGCAGGGGAACAAGAUGAAGAACUCAGUAGAUGGGAGCAAGAGCAGAUACGGAAAGGAAUCAACAUACCUCAGGUUCAACCAAGUCAGCCUGCUGAAGUGAAUAAUCUAUACUACCAGAACACUUACCAGACACUGUCUUAUGGUUCAUCAUAUGGCAUUCCAUACACUUAUGCUGCGUAUGGAUCAUCAGAAACCAAGUCUCAAAAAACAGAUAACACAGUUCCUUUCAAAACUCCCAGUAAUGAGAUGACUCCUGUUACUAUUGAUUUGGUAAAGAAACAGCUUAAAGACAGGUUGGACUCUAUGAAAGAAUUGCACAAAGCUAAUCGGCAGCAAUAUGAGAAACAUCAGCAAAGCCGAGAGGACUCUACCAAGGCAAUUGAAAGAUUAGAAGGGUCUUCUGGGGGUAUUGGUGAACAGUAUAAGUUUUUGCAAGAAAUGCGAGGGUAUGUCCAAGACUUGCUUGAGUGUUUCAGUGAAAAGGUGCCUCUGAUUAAUGAACUUGAAUCUGCAAUGCACCAGCUGUACAAACAGCGAGCUUCCCGCCUUGUCCAAAGACGACAAGAUGAUAUUAAAGAUGAAUCUUCGGAGUUUUCAAGCCAUUCAAAUAAAGCACUGAUGGCACCAAAUCUUGAAUCUUUUGGACGAGACAGAGUUAUCUAUCAAGAACAAGUAAAGCGCCGGACUGCAGAAAGAGAGGCUAGAAGAACUCGUCGUAGACAAGCAAGAGAGCAAACUGGGAAGAUGGCAGAUCACCUAGAAGGCCUUUCCAGCGAUGAUGAGGAAACGUCAACAGAUAUUACAAACUUCAACAUGGAGCGAGAUCGUAUAUUGAAAGAAUCCAGCAAAGUUUUCGAAGAUGUUCUGGAAAGCUUUUACUCAAUUGAUUGCAUUAAGUCACAGUUUGAAGCUUGGCGCUCAAAAUACUUUGCUUCCUACAAGGAUGCUUAUAUUGGCCUCUGUUUACCAAAGCUGUUUAACCCUUUAAUCAGACUUCAGCUGCUUAUCUGGACUCCUUUGGAGGGCAAGUGUCGAGAUUUUGAGACUAUGUUGUGGUUUGAAUCAUUGCUGUUCUAUGGUUGUGAAGAACAGGAACAAGUGAAAGAUGAUGCUGAUAUUUCACUGUUGCCUACCAUUGUAGAGAGAGUUAUUCUUCCUAAAUUAACAGUAAUUUCUGAAAAUAUAUGGGAUCCUUUUUCUACAACACAAACAUCUAGAAUGGUAGCAAUUGUACAGAAACUAGUAGAUGGAUAUCCCACAGUGGUGAAUGCAGAAAACAAAAAUACACAAAUGCUUUUAAAGGCAUUGUUGCUAAGAAUGAGGAGAACACUAGAUGAUGAUGUAUUCAUGCCCUUAUAUCCAAAAAACAUCUUAGAAAACAAGAACUCUGGUCCAUAUUUGUUUUUCCAACGUCAGUUUUGGUCCUCUGUUAAGUUAUUAGGAAAUUUUCUCCAGUGGUAUGGAAUCCUUUCAAACAAAACUCUCCAGGAACUGUCAAUAGAUGGUCUGUUAAACAGAUAUAUUCUUAUGGCUUUUCAAAACUCUGAGUAUGGAGAGGACAGCAUUAAGAAAGCUCAAAGUGUAAUUGCUUGCUUUCCUAAGCAGUGGUUCGCUAAUCUAAAAGGAGAGAAGACUAUCCCUCAGCUAGAAAACUUCUGUAGAUACCUUGUUCAUCUGGCUGAUACAAUUUAUAGAAACAGCAUUGGUUGCUCUGAUGUGGAGAAAAGAAAUGCAAGGGAGCACAUAAAGCAGAUCAUAAAGCUUCUAGCGAGUGUCCGAGCACUGGAUCACGCUGUGACAGUUGCGAAUGAUCACAACGUAAAAGAGAUAAAGAUUUUAAUAGAAGGAAAAUAGUCUUUUCUGACAACUCAU